AUGAGAGCUCUAUUGGUUCAACAGGGUGUUGCAGAAGCCUUGCAAGGGCCGGCGGCAUUGCCGGCCGACACGAGAGAAGAUCGUCAUACUGGACAAGGCCCACAGUUUGAUAAUCCUGAGCUUGGGCGACAAAGUUAUGAGGGAGGUGUCGAGGGAGACAACGGGUCCAGCAAUUUGGGCCAAACUCGAGAGCAGAUCAACGAGUUCAACAAGAUCAUCGACGACCUUGAGAACAUCGACGUCAAGAUGGACGAUGAGGACAAGGCACUGCUGUUGCUAAACUCUAUUUCUAAGAGCUACGAGCAUUUCAAAGAUGUGGUGCUCUAUGGAAGGGUGCAUGCUAUUACUCUGGAGGAGGUUCAAUCUCUGAUUAGAGCCAAAUAA